UCUCAAUCUCCAUAUCCUGUUUAUCCCUUCUUACUCCUCCAAAGCUGGCUUCAUCCAUUAUAGAAGUCUUCCACAAAGAUCUUUUACCCAUCAAUCCAUGAUUUCAUCAACCAUCAAAUGCCUCGAAACCACUCAUUCCAUUGAUGACCCAACAACUAUUAGGCGAUCUGCAAACUAUCAACGUAGUAUCUGGGAUUUUGAUUUUGUUCAAUCCUUAAAGAGUGAUUACAAGGGGGAGACCUACAAGAGCAAAACCAAGAAAUUGGAAGAGGAAGUGAGGCAUAGGUUUGAUGAUGAUGGAGCCAUGGGGCAGUUGGGUUUGCUCGAGUUGAUUGAUGAUAUUGAGAGAGUUGGGUUAGGGUACCUCUUUGAAGAAGAGAUCAAGAAAACCCUGGACACCAUAGUGUGCAUGGAAGAUAUAAAGGAGGGUCUCCAUGCCACAGCUCUUCGGUUUAGGCUCCUUAGACAACAUGGGUAUGAGGUAAACCAAGAUACGUUCAACCACUUGAAAGAUGAGAUGGACAAUUACAUGGCUGGCUAUUUAGCAGAUGUAAAUGGAAUACUAAGUUUGUAUGAAGCUUCUCACCUUGCUGCAGAAGGUGAAAGUAUUUUGGAGGAGGCCAAACACUUUACAAGGACAGCUCUAAAGGGAAUGAAGGGUAAUAUAGACCCAAACCUAGCAAAACAAGUGAAUCAUGCUUUGGAGCUUCCUCUUCACAAGAGGAUAACAAAGUUGGAGGCUAGGUGGUAUAUGGACAUCUAUCAGAGAAAGGAGAAGUCAAUUCCUGCUUUAAACCAACUAGCAAAGUUGGAUUUCAAUAUUGUCCAAGGAAUUCAUCAGGAAGAUGCAGCUGAUUUAUCAAGGUGGUGGAAAAAUUUGGGCCUUGGUGACCAGUUUGAGUUUAUAAGAGAUAGUCUGAUCCCAUGCGUUUUAUGGACAAUUGGUUUGAACCCAGAGCCUCAAUUUAGUAAUUUUAGGAAGGAACUGACUAAGGUUGGUAUGCUAAUAACGAUGAUCGAUGAUGUUUAUGAUGUCUAUGGUACCUUGGAAGAGCUUGAACUUUUUACUGAUGCUGUGGAGAGAUGGGAUGUCAAGGCAAUAGGACAACUUCCAGACUAUAUGAAGACAUGCUUUUUGGCUCUCUUCAACAAUGUUAAUGAAAUGGCCUAUUUUCACCUCAAGGAACAUGGAAUUGACAGCAUACCUUUCCUUAAGAAAGCGUGGAUUGAUCUAUGCAAAUCAUACUUAGUAGAAGCAAAGUGGUAUUACAAUGGUCAUAAAACAACACUCCAGGAGUACCUAAACAAUGCAGUGAUUUCAAUAGGAUGCAAUGUAAUACUCAUUCAUUGCUUUUUCGCAUUGCGACAAACGAUUCGAGAGGAGGCAUUAGAUUGCGUAUCACAAAAUUUGAAUAUCUCAUGUUGCUCAUUGAUGAUUGUUCGACUUGCUAACGAUCUUGGUACUUCAAAGGCUGAAUUAGAGAGAGGUGAUGCACUGAAAUCAAUCCAAUCUUACAUGUAUGAAACUGGUGCUUCUGAGGAUAUGGCUCGUGAACAUAUAAGCCACAUGAUUGAUGAAACGUGGAAGAAGAUGAAUACAGAUGUAAUCAAAAAUGAAUUUCUUCUGUCUCAACCUUUUAUCAAGACAACAGUAAAUCUUGCUCGUACGUCACUAUGCAUAUAUCAAUAUGGAGAUGGCCAUGGUGUCUUUGACGAUGAGAGCAAAAAUCGAGCUGAAUCAUUGUUGUUUGAACCUAUUCCUUUGUUAAUGGAUGCUUAAGGGCCUUCUUUGCUAGUUCUCUUCCCUUCUUCUCCUUCCAUUCCUUUCCUCUCCAUACCAAAAAAGAAUACAUAAAUAAAUAAAUAAUAUUGUAAUACAUGCUUCGAACGUUAUAGAAAUUACCUUGAAUGAAAAGUUUUGUUGUUGUUUUUCUUGUUUAUUGAAAACAUUAAUGAUCAAUAUCACUUCUUUGCUUGAUAAAGAAUGUUGAGUGGUUUUGAACCAUA